UGACGUCACUUGGCGGCUCCCUCGCCGUGCGCAGAUCAGCUGUGGCAGAAGAGAGCGAGCCGAGCUGCCGGCGGUGGUGGUGUCGUCGGAGCCAGGGACGCGAAUUUACCCACGGAGCCGCGUCGGUGCGGAUCAAGGUCUCAAAGCGCUGAGUGAAAUGUCUUUGCUGAAAGUUUCUGCUGAGUGGUAGCGAUACAGCAUGUAGCAGAGGUGAACAAGUCCCUUCACGCCUCGGAACAGACCGACAACCUCCCGCAAAUAAUGGGGAAUUCAUAUGCCGGGCAGCUGAAGUCUGCUCGAUUUGAAGAGGCUCUCCAUAACUCCAUCGAGGCGUCACUGCGCUCUAGCAGUGGAGAUCCGCAGCCCAUCUUCACACAGCUCUACCUUGAGCCGGAGCCGUAUCCUGGUAACAUGGAAGACAUGAAGCCGAAAGCUGACCUCCAUGGUCGAGAGCCGCCAGGCCUUAUGAAUGGACACUCUUCCAAUGAUCUGGAGGAGCUGGAGGAGGAGGAUGACUCAGACAGCAGCAGCCCUCCGCUUCCCUACCUACAGGCCCCUGCACCCGACGGCUGCUGCACCCUGGACGGCUUCUGUCAGGCCGGCAAGGACCUCCGCCUGGUCUCCAUAGCAACAGAGUCCAUCGAAGUCCCAGCAGGCUUCGAGCUGGUCGGCGCCAAAUCCCCCAGCAUCCCUGAGCACAUCCUGGUGUGUGCCGUGGACCGCCGCUUCUUGCCUGACGAGAAUGGGAAAAAUGCACUUUUAGGUUUUUCAGGAAACUGUGUGGGCUGUGGGGAGAAGGGUUUCAGAUACUUCACAGAGUUUUCAAACCACAUCAACCUGAAGUUAUCCACCCAGCCCAAGAAGCAGAAGCACUUAAAGUACUACCUGGUGAAGAAUUCUCAUGGUGCUCUGUGCAAAGGACCCCUCAUCUGCUGGAAAGACUGUAAAACCCGUCAGUUCUCCAGCAGCGCGUCGACGUCCAAACCCAGCUCGUCCUCCUCCCUCAGCAGUAAAGAAAACGGAGGCACCAGUGGACACAGCUCCUCUCCCUUUUCCCUCUCGGAUUCUCCGCCUACCAGAACAACACAAGCAUCCUCUGUCUUUUUCGGGAGUCAGGACCUCGGCAGAGACUGCAGUUUCCUCAAACCUCUGGCGUCCACACCUGGAAACAAGACUCAACCAAUAGUCUCCCCUGCGAUGAAUUCGGGGCCUCCAAAGAAGCGCCACCGGAGCUGGCACCCCAACUCGUUGGUGCCCGUCCCACCGCCCACCGCCGUCCCCGUGCCAGCCAUCCGGCCGAUAGUUUGCUCUCCAGGCUCUGCGUUGGUAGUGUCGUCACCUCAGCCACCCGUAGCAGGAGUGAUUCAGCCCCAACCCGUCACCGCUGGAGAGACAGUCAUUGUCCCUGACAACCUGCUCAACUCCUCAGGAGUCCGCCCUGUCAUCCUCAUCGGGCAUGGCACUUUACCUUAUUUCUAUGGGAAUGUUGGGGAUAUAGUUGUGAGCCCCCUGCUGGUCAGCUGCUAUAAGAGCAGCCAGCUGACAGAGAAAACCCUGGAGACGUUGGGCCUCAACAGCAGCCAGCUUCUCUGUGUGGAGACAAUGAUUCUGCUCACUUUGCAGUAUCUUGCACGUUUAGGCUCGGAGCAGAUUCCUCUGAGGGAGGAGCUGGAGCAGAUUGUUUUGAAGGCCAUGCUUUGUUGUCCCGGGGGUCCUGCCAUCUCCCCAUCCCAGCUGCCCUGGCUGGCUCGGCUGGAGGCCAGCGUCUCUGGUGGCAGCGUCCAAGUCGUGGUCACCCACAACUCUUUGGGAGAGGGCAUCUCUGAGUCACUUCGCUCUCUCAGCGAGGGUCCUCACCACCAGCAGUGCCUGCCCACAUAUGUAGUCAUUAUAUGUGCCUCCAAAGUUAGCGGCAACGAGUUCUGUGUGCUUGUUUUGGGAAAGUACCAAGCACGGGCCUUAGCUGAAGGCAUGCUCACAACCAACGAGUUUCUGAAGGAAAUCAGCUACGAACUCAUCACAGGGAAAGUCAGCAUCUUGGCGUCUCACUUCAAGACCACGUCACUGGGGGACAAUCUGGACAAGCAGCUGGUGCGAUACCAGCGCCGACGGAAGGGACAGGUCAUCCAGCCCUUUCAGGGCGAUGUCACCGAGUACAUCCACUCCCAGGAGGCUGCCAGCAUGUCACCGCCUUCAGACAGAGCAGAACUUUUAAAUAAGGUCUUUCAGAUCUACCCGACCCAGCUGAGCGUGGCUCGGAGCCUCCUCUCUCAAGUCUGCUCCAUCGCCGACUCUGGGACCCACAAUCUUGAUUUGGGGCGUUUUUGUAAAGUGGACUUUCUGGUAUUGGUCCCUCCAUCUCACAUCCUGGUACACCAGACGGUCCAGCGCAUCCGACAAUCAGGGGUGCUUGUGGACCUGGGCAUCGAAGACGCCUCCUCAGCCCACCAGAAAUCAGACAAGUAUGUGGUGCGUUUGGACGCCGACGUUCAUGCCAAGAUGGACGCCUUCAUGAGGAAAGUCAAACAGAACCCCUACACCCUGUUUGUCCUCAUUCACGACAACUCGCACGUCGACCUCACAAGCGCUCUGUCAGGCUCUGUGUGCCACGGGGAGCUGCAGGGUUUGGCUGACCGAGUGGUGAACUGCCAGGAAGUCCUGGACGCAAUGAACCUCCUGGUCCUGCAGGUCAGCUGCUUCCCGUACACGCUGCAGACCCGCCAGUCCCGCAUCAGCAUCCACAACGAAGUUCACUGGCCCUCCAACGAAAGCCUGCAGGGGGAGCAGUCUCCUAAUGAGUUGCUGUACUUCGGCCUGAGGGACUACAGCAGCUCCCUGCAGUGGGGCGUGGCCAGCCCCAUUCUGCGCUGCGAUGAUGCUUUUGAGAAGAUGGUCCACACUCUGCUGGAAAGACAUCCGCACCUCCACAGCAUGGUCAUCCGCAGCUACCUGCUGAUUCAGCAGUACACUGAGGCCAUGAUGGCCCUGACCUCUUCCCCGUCCCUGAGAGACCACAUCACCCCGGAGACCCUGGCCAUGGUGGAGGACCUGAUCAACGCCCCAAGCAGAGAGGGCUCCCAGGGCCGGGGCCACAUGCUGCUUGUCCGGGUGCCCUCCCUACAGCUGGCGAUGCUGGCCCGGGAGCGACUAGAGGACGUGAGGGACAAACUGGGGCUCCAGUUGUGCUUCGCCGUGCUGCUGGGAAGCCCCGCCACCGAGCUCAGCCUGCCCAGAAACUUCACCAACCGCCUCCGGGCGUGGAGAGGCUAUGAGAACGAAGACUGGGUGCCGCACACUUAUGAGGAUCUGGAAGGGCUGCCCUGCAUUGUCAUCCUUACGGGGAAGGACCCUCUCGGAGAAACUUUCCCCAGGUCUCUGAAGUACAGCGACCUGCGUCUGAUAGACUCCAGCUACCUGACUCGGACAGCCCUGGAGCAGGAGGUGGGUCUGGCCUGCACCUAUGUGUCCAUGGGCGUGGUCCAGGAGCCCACGAAGGCCACAGCCCCUCGGGAGUCGGACGGAGAGAAGGCCGCCACUGGCUUGAACGAUGGCGAUGAGCUUGAAAGACCUCAGAGCAACGGCAGCGCUGCAACCAGAACUUCUGGCUCUUUGGCAGAGAACGGCGUCAGUUCAUCUGACGUUGCUGACUCUUUCCAGCGGCCCUCCACCUCCUCCUGUCCACCUGAAGGUGCCGUCACCUCCGACGUGAGCACAGUGACACACGUGUUCAAGCAGGAGUGCGAUUCCCUGGGAAGCCAGCUCUCCUCCAACCCCUCCAAAGCCUCCAAGGCCCCUCCCUCUCUUUGCUCCAGUUCCUCCUCUUCCUCCCCCUCUCCAUCUUCCUCCUCCACCCAGAGGCCCAGCCAGUCCACACAGUGCGGCCGAGAGCCUAAGCCCGCCCGGGUGUCCCCGCGGACGGUCAUCAUGUCACGGGCGGCGUACAACCUGCUGGCGGGGGAGUCGGGGAGUCAGCUGAGCUCCUUCUCCUUGCUGCCUCAAGCAGAUGUGGCCUGGAGCAGCCCGCUGAGGCCCCUUAUCACGAACAGCCUGCAGGGGGCGGAGCAGAGCAUGUACUACCGCCAGUGGACCAUCACCAGGCAGCAUCACGCCGAUUAUGAAGCUCCACCUGUGCCACAUCCGCGACGCCUGCUACUCAGCGGACCCCCACAGGUGGGGAAGACCGGCGCCUAUCUGCAGUUUCUUCGCAUCCUGUUUCGAAUGCUCAUCAGACUGUUGGAGGUAGAUGUGUAUGACGAGGAAGAGGAGGAGGAAGAAGAAACAUCAGAGGUCACAACUCCAGUAAAGACCCAGUGGCCUGACAUUGAGGAAGUUCGAAAGCUGCCCUUUGACCCCUACCCCCGAGACCCUAAGUUCAGGAAUGCCAGCCCUGUUUACGCUGACAAGAUGCCAAAGUGCUUAAAAGACUUUAAGCAAGAUGGAGAGAGCCGAGCGCCAGCCAAACGAGUGACCAAGUCCAUACGUCUGAGCAGGUUUGCUGCCCACAAUGCCUUUCAUCACUGCGAACAGUGUCACCACUACUGUGAAGCAGGCCCUGGCACACAGCUGUCGGAGUGCACCUUCCAUGCUUUCACCUUCUGCUCGUCUAUGCUGGGGGAGGAGGUCCAGCUCCAGUUUGUCAUUCCCAAAGCCAAGGAGCAGCACUUUGUCUUCAGCCAGCAGGGCAGCCACUUGGAGAGCAUGCGCCUGCCUCUGGUCUCCACCAAGGAUCCAGAUCUAUUAAAGAGUCCCAUCUUCACCCCGACUACAGGACGCCAAGAGCACGGCCUGCUCAACAUUUUCCAUGCCAUGGAAGGCGCCACUCAUCUGCACAUUCUGGUGGUCAAGCAAUGCGAGAUGCCACACUACAGGAAGUACUGGCCCAACCACAUCCUGCUCGUCCUGCCGGCUAUGUUCAAUAAUGCGGGAGUUGGUGCCGCCCGCUUCAUGAUCAAAGAGCUGUCAUACCACAACCUGGAGCUGGAGAGGAACCGACUGGAAGAGCAAGGUGUCAAGAGGCAAGACGUCUGGCCUUUCAUUGUCAUGAUGGAUGACUCCUGCGUGCUGUGGAACUCCCACCAGUCAACAGACAGCAGUGAGACAUCAGAUGGAGGCUCAACCUUCACCAACGUGUCUCUGAAGACGGUGCUGCAGCACAUGGAAACCACACCGAAGAUCUCCCAGUACGCCAUGUGUGGCACACGCAAGUGGAGCAGCAGCCUGGCUCGCAAGUCUCCCAGCCACCCCUUCAGCCGCUGUCACCUCCACGAGUUUGUCAUGCUUAACGUGGACCUGACGCAGAAUGUUCAGUAUGACCUCAAUCGGUAUAGCUGUGAGGAGGUGGACUUUAAUCUGAGGGUGAACAGCAGUGGGCUGCUGCUGUGUCGCUUCAACGACUUCAGCCUCAUGAAGAAACACAUUCCAGUUGGGGGAAACAAAGACUUCCUGGUCAAACCAAAACUCAUGGAAAUAGAAAACCCCGCCCCAAUCAGCCCAUUCCAGUAUGUUUGCGCCCCAGACAGCGAGCAGACCCUCCUGGACGCCCCGGCCCAGUUCCUGCUCGAAAGGUUCCUGCAAAGCUGCAGCCACAGACUCUUUCCAAAGGCUGUUCAGAACAGAAACAACCCAGUUCUGUCCAUCGACAGCUACCUCAACAUCAGCCCGGAGAUUUCUGUGUGCUACAUCAACUCUCGUCCACACUCCACCAACCUGAACCACCAGGGCCUGCUGUUCAGUGGCCUGCUGCUUUACCUCUGUGACUCCUUCGUCGUCUCCGGACUCCUCAAGAAAUUCCGCUUCCUCAAAGGUGCCACUCUCUGUGUGAUCAGCCAGGACCGAAGUUCCCUGCGUCAGACCAUCGUCCGACUGGAGCUGGAGGACGAGUGGCAAUUCCGCCUGCGGGACGAGUUUCAGACAGCCAACUGCAGCGAGGACCGCCCCCUCUACUUUCUGACCGGCCGCCAUGUUUGAACCCGAAACGCCCUGGGUCCAGUGGGCUGCUGCAGAAACGCAAUCAGAAGUGACGACAGAUUUGAUUCCAAACCAGCCGGCAAUCACAAUUCUUGCCAUUCCAAUGGAAGGUCAGAGGGGAUCUGCUGGAGCACGAGAUCCAGUGUGCCCCACGAGUGGACACGUGGCCACCUAACAUGGCUUUCCCUACAUUUGUACUACCACAGUGCACUAUGCCUGGCUCUGCCGAGGGUCGGCGCAUGUUUCAACUCUUGCUUGUUGCUGGGCUUGUCUCCAUUUGAGCUUGUGUUCUACUGAAAAAUGCUGUGGGCGAAAAAGAGCACAGGUGAAACUGAACUCUAUUUGUUUUGUUGUUGUUAUUUAGCAAAAAUGGACGCUCUCAGAUCAAUGACGUGACUAUUCGAAGAUUGUACGUGUACAUGGACUUUGACAGUAUGGCCCGUUCUGGACAUACUUGUGUAUCUCAGGGUUUUAAAGGGAGAUUCAAGGGAGGUCGCUUAAAAGGGUUCGAACUUUUCUCCAAGUUCACCAUGUAUUUUUAGCUGUUGCUGGCGCCAAAGGCAUCCUCAGCCAUCCCUUCUCUUUUCCUUUCGCUUUCCUUCUCACCUGCUCUGCCUCUCAAACUCCACAAAGGUCAGCUCGUUACAUACAGAAAUAUAAACAUAGAGGUUUUGGAUUUAUAUCAUCGAGAGUAUCAGAUCCAAACAGCAGGCGACCAUUAGAGCCGACACAUUUAAACCCCUUUUCUCUUGUGCCUCGGAAAAAUAUUUAUGUGGCAUCGAUAAUCCGUCUAACGAGUGUGAGUGUAGUUUUCAAAUAACCUCCACACAAAUUUAUCCAAAGACUUUAUUCACAACUAUAGAAAAGUACAAGUCGAGUCCUCUCAAGAAUGUAGAACGUUAAUGUUCUAUUAUGGGCUUGAAUAUAUAACUAUGAAGCAGGUCUGUUGUCCAGACAGACUCAUCUGACUUGCCAAAGGGUUUUACUCAUCUGUUCAUGUGUAUUACCAACCAGACGAGCCAACAUGGAAGUAAGAGUAGUUUAGCGGUAUGUUCUAAAUGAUGUUUUGUACUUUGGCAUCUUCUGGCUUAAAUAUUGGGUAUUUUAAGCAUAAUCACAUUGCGUCAGUAAAUGCUUUAAAAGAAUCACUGCCAAAUGUCCUGCUACUGACUGUGCCUGGGGCGUCACCUCGGAGUCACGCUCGGAGGCUGAUUGUACACCGAUGGUCUUGGCUACCGCCCAAUCAUCGAACUCGUAAUCUGCCAUCUACUGCCGCCAAAACAAAGGGUGAUCAAAGACGCUCUACGUGCUGCCGAAAGCAGCUGAACAGAUCAUUUCAUGUACUUGAAAGUAGAAUGUUUUUAUAUGUUUCUCCACAGGGUUGUCCAAAGAAUAUGCCUUAAGUGACGUUUCAUACAGUCACUGCUCAUGUCACUAUUUUUUCUUUUUUUUGACCAAUGAGAAUGAAGAAACCAUUUAACUGUGAGGCGAAGAAAUGUUUGUCUGAGUGAAGCAAAACGAAAUAAUUGGAUUUCGAACUACUGUACUGUUUAAAGCUUUGUUUACAUUAUUAAUAUAUUAUAUCAUCCCCUUCACCACUGAGGGUUACUGAUGUUUUUAAGUCUUGUGUAACUUUUGCCAGUAUAUUUUGGUCAUAAUGUCUUUCUGCAUUUUAUGUUAUGUUGCAAAGGCAAGAAGAAUCUACCUAGAUGUGUCCUUAACCAUAUGUCUGUAUUGAAAAUGAAAUUCAGGUCCAUGAGGGAAUCUUAUUUAUUUGACAAGCAUUUUGGCCUGAUAAUCAUAUUGAAGUGUAAUAUUUGAUUGCAUGCUAAGCUCGCCUAAACAGGGGGAGUGUGUCCUCUUCAUAACCAUCCACAAAGGCUUUGCACAAGACCCAAACAAAUGAUUGUUAGAUCUACUGAAUGUCAUUGGGGGUAGGAAAUGUGAACUUGCACUAUACAAGUUGCCAGCAGAGAAAAAAAAAAAAUCCCACUAUAAAAUAAACCCCAAAAUUCG